AUGGCCUUCCUGUUCGUCUUGGGCAGUGUUGGCGGCACACCCAUAGGCAGCCACAGCAACUCAACUAAGGUCCAGUACGUCAUUCACGGCGUCAACACCAAGCUCAUCGGCCCGAUCACUAUCUCACUCGUCAUCACGUCCCUGAUGAUUGUUCUUUUGUACAAAAACAUUAAGCAGCAUCGGGCCGAGAUCACCGCUCUCAUUUCUCGGAAGAAAAGUCGCACUGCCUCCGUGAUUGCCCUGCCGCCCUCGCCCGCCACCGGAGGCCGGCAGGCAAACACGGCAGACGAACCGGACGAGGACGAUGGCUUUGGUGAUGUGGGCGACGUUACGGAGCUCAUUGACAUGCCAGUGAUGUUGGGAUCUUCCGACGCCGACAUCAUCUCGCUUCGCACCUUCCUCGCCGACACCGACCUCGAGCAAAGAGGCAAAAGCAAGCCCGUUGGUGCCAAAAGCAGCGCCGGCAAGUUGACCACUGGAUCUGAACUCAGGCUCGAGGUCGACAUCAAGGGGAAGGCAAAAGCCAAGACGACGCCCAACAAGGGAGCCCGCCGCGUCUCCUGGGGCAAGACACUCUAUGCUCCCUCGCCUGAGCCCUCCGUCCAGCGCGGCUCUCGUGCUCCACGACGCGAGACUCCUCGCCUCGGAGAGUCAGAAGCCGGUCCUUCGGGCACCCACGGCUAUGAAUCUGAUAAAGAGAAAACUCCGUGGCAUUGCUAA